UUAACAUCUAUCUUGUUUGAUUUUAUUGGGGAAAAAACAACAACAAAACCAAGUGGCAUCAACAUGAUCGCACACUUUCUUUUCUUUGUUUCAUUUCAUCACGAUUGGAGUAUAGCACAGAAAGGUGGCUGUGGCGAUAAUAACAAUGACUGCUGUGCUGAAACAAUAUGGAAUGAGACGCUCGGCAGAUGUAUAGGAUGCAUGCCUGGAUACUUUGGCCAGUACUGCAAUAUAACCUGUGAAUAUCCACGAUACGGUAUGCGCUGUAUGGGGAAGUGUGACUGUGAACAGGACAGAUGUAACUUCGUGACCGGAUGUCCAGAUUACGAGCCAACAACCAUGUUAAAACUGUCAAGCUUCAUCUGUGGAGGAUUGGAAACAACAGGUGUGUAUCCGAAAUCGUCUUUUGAUUGGGAUAAGACGUGAUUAUCAUAAAAAAGAUGGUUCACGUCGGCGAAAAUACACAACGAUGAUAUGUCUCGAUACAAAUCAUCGACAUAAUGACCCACGUACAUCGAGAAUGAACGAGACUUAAUAAGAUAAGUUUUAAAAUUUUACAAUUCUAGAUUAUGUGCAAAAAUGUAUGCAUUAUUUCCCUUUUUUAUUCAUUAUAUCAUCAUCGUUCGAACUUCCGAGUAUCAUUACUUUGUUACUCAGAUAGAUAUAUGUUUUGAUAUGCAUGUACUUUAAAGCUCACUGUUAAAAUUCAAUAACAUUGUAAAUAAUGUAGCGGGCAGUAUACAUUUUAGACGGGACUUAUACCACCUCGCUAGUGAGCUAGCUUCUCUGAUUAUGUGAUAGACUAUCUCUCUUGAUCACGUAAGUUAAGCAAUGUCGAGCGUGAACAGUACAUGUACUUGAAUGGAUGACUGCUGCACGUUACAAUAUAAGAUAAACGUUGUAUGGAUGAUCGGUAAUUAGUAUGAACUGUGUAAUCGCAUGCGUUUAUGCAGUAAUUAGCUGUUAAAAUCCCAUGGAAACGGAUUGUGCUCCUUUGUUAGCUGACUUGUUUUUACAUUAAUAUGAAGCAGAAUUUAUUAAAGAACUUCUACAUGAGAAGAAAAAAAAAUCUUGCUAUGGCCUUCAAUUCGACAGUUAGAUAUCUCGACGAUGUAUUAUCUAUUAACAAUAAUACUUUUCAUUCAUAUGUCGAUUCGAUAUAUCCACAGGAACUCGAAAUAAAAGACACCACAAAGUCGUCCACUUCUCAUUCAUACUUAGAUAUUUUAUUGGAAAAAAAAAUAUUAAAGACAAACUAUCAACUCAACUUUAUGAUAUGCGGGAUGAUUUCAGUUUAUAUAUCAUCAACUUCACAUAUUUAUGUAGCAAUAUUUCUUUAUCACCUGCAUAUGGUGUUUAUAUCUCUCAACUGAUUCGAUACGCAAGAGCUUGUUUUGUGUAUGAUCAGUUUUUAAAUCGAGGC